UACAGCGCCUCUAUUCUUCAACACCGAUACCAUCCUUGGUUCUCUUCUCUCGGCUGUUUUUGUUCGUCGAGGUUGGUGGAUUAUUAUGAUGCAGCAGGCGAUCCCCUACAGCAGCGGCAAGGCAUGGCCCUCGCUGAGUCGGGCGCCGGAGGCAUGGGAGCUCAAGAAGAUCAUCGGCGGCGCCGGCGAGAUCAGGGUGGCGGUGGAGGAGAACCCCGUGGUGGUGGUGGGGCGGAGCGGCUGCUUCAUGGUCCACGUCGUCCGGAGGCUGCUGCUGGGGCAGGGGGUCAACCCCGUGGUGUGCGAGGUCGGGGAGGACGCUGACGAGGCCGCCAUCAUGGCAUCGCUGCCGCCGGAGGCGCACGACGAGAGGCGGACUUCUGCCGCCACGGUGACGCUGCCGGCGGUGUUCGUAGGGGGCAGGCUGGUGGGGGGGCUGGACCGGCUCAUGGCCGUCCACAUCUCUGGCGAGCUCGUGCCCAUCUUGAAGCGAGCCGGCGCUCUGUGGCUAUGAAUCGCAUCCAAUUCCGUAAACCUUCUUCUGCGUCUAAAGUGAUUCUGCUGCCAUUAAUGCUGCUCGAUUUGGUUCGUCUUCCUGCAAUGUAAUGAUGUAAGCUGCGAUUCUUACGGAGCCGAAUAAUUUUUGGCUGGGAGAAGGAUUGUGUGUCCUGCACAUACAAUAAAUUAUUCGCAUGACUUCAGAGAUUUAUUGAUA